AUGGAGGCAUUACAAGCGAUCAUCGCGGACCCUGCGUACCACGACUACCUUGCCAUUCUGAAAGGCGCGCGCAAUGGCUUCGUAUACGGCGCCAAAGUGCGCUUCCCCCACGCGCUUAUCAUGGCUAUUCUAUUCGGUCGCGGAGACUGGCCGAGCCGCAUAAAGACCAUUAUCCGCGCAACGCGGACACACGCCACGAACCUUGCGAAGUUCGUUACCCUGUAUAAGACCCUGUUGCUCCUUCAGAAGAAGAUCAAUGGUGGAAAGGCUCGCAGUCACGAUACCUUCUUCGCCGGUCUACUCGGUGGUUAUGUCGUGUUUGGGGACCGUACCGCGAUCAACGAGCAGAUCGUGCUGUACGUCUGUUCGCGCGUCGUCGCAUCCUUCAUACCGCGCGGUCCCUCUUCACGCCCCCCACCGCCUCCCGGCUCGCCCGCACGUCCUCUACCACCGGACUCGCGUUACUUCGGCGCUUUCGCGGCGAUCUCGUGGGGUCUGGUGAUGUGGCUGUUCGAACACAAGGGCGAGACGAUACAGCCGGGCAUGUACAACAGCAUGACAUACUUAUACCGCGACUCGGAGCGCUGGAACUCGCUCAAGACGCUUUUCUGGCAUAACACGUAG